CUCCUUCAAGACUGUUGGAAAACCAUUUCAGAUUGCACAGAAUAGCACUACAGCCGGAGUGAACAGCAGUUUGUAGACUGGCACUAAAUGUAUUAAAGAGUCCAAAGUCCUUUUCUGAAAGAAACGGAUCUCUUUCAAUAAUGGACGGCCCUGAUUAUCACCAGUUUGGAUCCCCUGACGGCGGCAUGACGGAGCCGAGAAUCAUCCCACAGAGAGGCAUGAAGGGGAAACUGUUUUAUGUCCUGUACGGCGGCCCGGUGCUCCUGCUGUUAAUACUCGUGCUCGUCACUGGGAUAAAACUCACCCAGGUAAACCAUGAAAUAGCUGAUGUCAAGCUCUACCUUAAGGCAAUCAACCCCAAAGGACUGAGUGGUCACACUGCAUCACUAACGUCAGCUGGAACAGUUGUGCAGCAGGUCUAUUUAGAAGCCAUUGUCCCAGUUAGAGGACCCUGUGCAGAAGGAUGGGUGUUUUUUCAGAACAGAUGCUACCUGCUGUCCAAAGCAAUCACUACCUGGCACGGUGCAGAGGACCAAUGCAAAAAACUUGGGGGACACUUGCUUGUUCUGAAUAAUGUAGAGGAACUGGACUACAUCUCAAAAGUAAUCGAAAUAGCUUACAACUACUGGAUUGGACUGGUGGAGCGGGCACAUGAGGGACACUGGAGCUGGGUGGAUGGAACUGACUUCAAAACAACUCCAACCUUUUGGGACGAGGAUCAGCCUGAUGACUGGGACUACAGGCUGAAUGGUGAAGACUGCGGACAGCUUCAUUCUUCCGUAAAACGCAAACGCAAGCUUUGGAAUGAUGCCGAUUGUAACCUGCAAUACCGGUAUAUCUGUGAAGCCGCAAAGCCAGGACAGCAGACACGCUGAAUCUAUGCCUGAAUAUUGUUGGAGGGGAUUGUUCAAAUCCAGACAGACCACAUCAGUAACAGUUUUGAUGGCAGUAUGAAAUUAAACGUAAUCAUCACCACAGUUUAAUCCUACACUGGUUGAAAUGUAGGCAUGUUGUUGAAAGCAGCAUUUAAAUAAAUGAAUCAUCAACAACAGGAGAUU